ACUGCUCGAGUCCUCACUUCGUCUUCUCCUUCAGUUAUACGUUUAUAAUUUACACAUUUAUACGUUUAUACGUUUAUACAUUUAUAUGUUUAUAUGUUUGUUAUUUAUACAUUUAUACGUUUAUACGUUUAUAUAUUUAUACGUUUAUACAUUUAUACUUUCUGUCUUUCACAGCUGAUGACACGUCAACAUGUUGACCUCAGUGAAGACACAUGUUUAGAACGUGUAGAACAUUUGUAGAACAUGUGUAGAACAUGUCUCUGUCUCUGGGGAAACAGAAGUGUGAAGAGAAACUUAAUAUAUAAAUAACCGUCUAUGUACAGUUCUAUCAGAUCUGUGCAAUAUUGUGUUUGAAUAUAUAAAUGAAAAUAGGUCAAGUUUAGUUUAGAAAUAUAAAAUAGUUAUUUACAUAUCCAUGGUGGGAGAAGAUAACUGAAGAUAAAUAUGUAUAUAUGUGUUUGUGGACGUUGCAAUGAAAAGAUUAAAUAAGGACAGAUGGCUAUAAACAUCAAGUCUAUAUAAAGUGAGUCUAUAUAAAUUGAGUCUUAUUAAAGUGAGUAUAAUUCAAGUGAGUCUAAUUAAAGUGAGUCUAUAAACAUAGUCUAUAUAAAGUGUAGACGUUCAGUUUGACUGAAGUAGCUGCUGAUUCACGUCUUUGCUCAUAUACUCAGAAUCCUGUCGUGUGUUUUCCGUCUGUUUGUGUCUGACGUCCUGGUUCCAUCGUCAGGUGGUUUCCACCCUGUGGUUAGUGCAGUAGGUCCGUCUCCAUGGCAACGCUGUGCCCGUGGAGUCAGUUCAUGGUCAACGACGUCUUUACUUUUUUCUUUUCUCUCCAUGUUGGUUCUCCUCCGCCUCGUCCACUCUGUGUGCCGGAGAUGUGCUGUGAUUGGCUCUCGAUGCUCCGCCUCCUUCCUGCGGCAGAGGGAGGAGCCUGGAGGCGGCGGUGGCGUGGGAGGGCGGAGGUGAUGACGUCAGUGUGGAGGAUCUAUGAGCUGCUGUUGCUGCUGCCGCUGGUUCAGGCUCAGAGCGGAGACGGACGCUGGGACACGGUUUCAGGAUCAGAGUCCAGAAUCAGCUGCAGCUCCCACAUGUCCAUUGAGGGAAACAGUCUGACCUGCGAGCUGCUGCGAGGUCGCGACCACGACGGUGAUGAUGAUGAAGACGAUGGCGACGCCAUCGAGAGGAUGACGCUGUGCCACACUGACUGGACGGUCGACGUGACAACCACCCGUUGUGUGGAGGAUUGUGGGAACACGCUGACGUUCACCGAGGCGCCGGUGGUCGACUUCACGUUGACCGUUCACCUGACGAGCGGAGCAAACAUCACGACGACGAUCGACCCGAAGAGAAUAGUGAAACCCAGACGUCCUCAGGUGUGGAACGUGACUUUUGACCCGGAGUCCAACCAGGCUGUCGUCCAGGUUCGGAGUCCGUACCACAACGACUACCUGACGGCAGACAACCAGCUGUUCCAGCUGCACAUCUGGACCACAAGCACUGACCUGAUUCAAAACAUCACGUCAGAGACCCACCUGAAGAUGGACAUGGAGCACCUCUGGAGGAACACCGAGUACCAGGUGGCGGUGCGAGCGAUCCCGGUGAAGCUGCUCGCCGGCAGCUGGAGCGAGUGGAGUGAAACGUCCAGGUUCUUGACUCCUGCAGGAGGAAAAGUCCUGAAACCAACGGACGAGCGACGGGAGAUGUUGAUCAAGCUCCUCGUGUGCCUCCUCCCGCUGCUGCUGGUGACGGUCACCGCGCUUUUCUUCAGGAAAAACAAAAUAUUCAUGUACAUGUGGCCGAACAUCCCACAUCCCAAAGACACGCUGGUGCAGAUCUGCAAACCAAACAAAGGUCUUCUGUUGAACCUCAACCCGGAGGUGUUCAGUGCCCUCAGAGUUUCCCCGACGCUGCAGCCACGAGAGGAAACAGAACCUCCCCUCAGUCCGGAUGACGACGCUCUGUCCGACGACCCCGGCUCCACCCAGAGCUCCGACUGCAGGAGCACCGCCACCGAGGAGCUGGAGUUCUCCGCCCUGCUGAGCAGGAGCUCCUCCGACGGGGAGGACGGCCUCCACAGCGACGCUCCUUCCCCCGUCCAGGACCCUCGGCUGGGGGGCGGAGGAACCGAGGCCCAGGUGUUUGGACGGGGGCAGCAGGAGGAGGCCUACGUCACCAUGUCCAGCUUCUACCAGAUCAAGUAGGUGAGGAAGAGGAGGAGGAAGAGUGACGGAGCAAAGCCGUGUUCAUCAAACUGAGGCGACGACGUCUGUUUGGCCUCCGAGUCAAACUGAGCAGCUGCUGAAACACGAGACACUCGAUCUGCUCAGAAGAAACUAAAUGUAUCUGUGAUAUUUAUCUGUGACCACAUAUUGUUCAACUCUUUAUUUAAACAGUGUCAUGUUGCAUAUCAAUAAACUAUAAACUACAACAAUUCAA